CGCCCCGGUCCCAGUGUCGCUGCCCCUGGUGCCGGGUGGCCGCGAUGUGAAGGGGUGAUGGGCGCGGGGCAUGGCCGCCGGGCAGCGGCGGGGCGGGCGGCGGCGGCCGGCGCUGAGCGCCGCCGGUGAAAAUGGAGCCGCCACCGCCGGCGGCCGUGCCCGAGCUCCCGCUCCCCCCGGGGCCGCAGCGGGACGGGACGGGGCUGGAGCCGGAGCUGGAGCCGGGCCUCUGGCUCCUUGAGGCCGCUGAGCCCGUCCCGGGGCCGCCGCCGUGGUCCGCUCCGGAGCAUGGGGACUGCCCGGCCCUGGAGGGUUCCGCCGAGACCCCGGCCCGGACGGAGGAGGAGGAACCUCGUCUCCGGCCUGUUUUCGACGCCCUGGACCGCGACGGUGAUGGCUUCGUGCGUGUGGAGGAGUUCGUCCAGUUUGCCACGGCCUACGGUGCCGAGCAGGUGAAGGACCUAACAAAGUACCUGGAUCCCAGUGGGCUUGGAGUCAUCAGCUUUGAAGAUUUCCAUCGAGGGAUCAGAGCUAUCAGGAAUGGAGACCCUGACAGCCAGCUGUAUGAUAUGGGCUACACCCCCGAGGAGGAGCCCCCGGCCUGCCCUGAUGACUUUGAUGACUUCGUCACAUUUGAGGCCAAUGAGGUGACAGACAGUGCCUACAUGGGCUCGGAGAGCACCUACAGCGAGUGUGAGACCUUCACAGACGAGGACAGCAGCACCCUGGUGCAGCAGGAGCUGCAGGACGAGGUGGAGACCGACAGCGCCAUCGACUCGGCCGUGCCCUCCGAGCUCACCGACCCCGGCGAGGAGCCCGAGCAGGGGUCCCACGGGCAGGAGCUGGCGCUGGGCUCGGCGCUGGGCCCGCUGGUGACGGCGCUGCGCGGCGAGGAGCACUUCGAGGACUAUGGCGAAGGCCACGAGGCAGAGCUCUUCCCAGAGGGGCUGUGCAACGGGGAAAGCAGCUUUGGCAGCUCCUUCCUCUCGCCCAGCUGCAACCCUCUGGCUGCCAGGCUGCGCAGCGUGCUGGCAGACGAAGCUGUUGAGUUUUACUGUAGCCAGUGCCACAAACAGAUCAACCGCCUGGAGGACCUCUCUGCUCGCCUCUCUGACCUUGAGAUGAAUAGUCCAAACAAGAGGCUGUCCAGCAAGAAGGUAGCAAGGCAGCUGCACCAGACCAGCGCGCUGGCCGCCAUGGAGGACGCCUACCGCGGGGCCCUGGACUGCGCCGAGGAGGACAUCACCGACAAGGUGGUGUUCCUGGAGCAGAGAGUGACAGAGCUGGAGAAGGACACAGCUGCCAACGGCGAGCAGCACAGCCGCCUGCGCCAGGAGAACCUGCAGCUGGUGCACAGGGCAAAUGCUCUCGAGGAACAGCUGAAGGAGCAGGAGCUGAGGGCUGACCAAACGCUCCUGGAGGAGAUCAAGAAGCAGAGGGAGCUGCUGAGCAAAAUGGAAAGGGAGAAGAGCAUUGAGAUAGAGAACCUGCAGGCCAGGCUGCAGCAGCUGGAUGAUGAGAACGGGGAGCUGAGGUCCUGCGUGCCCUGCCUGAGGGCCAGCAUCGAGCGGCUGGAGGAGGAGAAGCAGAAGCUGCUGGAUGAGAUGGAGGAGCUCAGUGUGCAGCUGAGGGAGGAGCAGGAGAAGAGGAGGAGGAUGGGGGACAAGCUGAGCCAGGAGAGGCACCAGUUCCAGAAGGAGAAGGAGUCGACCCAGGAGCUCAUCGAGGACCUGAGGAAGCAGCUGGAGCACCUGCAGCUCUUCAAGCUGGAGGCUGAGCAGCGCCGGGGCAGGAGCAGCAGCCUGGGGCUGCAGGAGUACCACAGCAGGACGCGGGAGACGGAGCUGGAGCAGGAGAUCAAGCAGCUCAAGCAGGACAACAGGACCCUGAAGGAGCAGAACGAUGAACUGAAUGGGCAGAUCAUCAACCUCAGCAUCCAGGGAGCCAAGAACCUCUUCUCAGCCUCCUUCUCCGAGUCCCUGGCAGCAGAGAUCAGCUCAGUCUCCAGAGACGAGCUGAUGGAAGCCAUCCAGAAGCAGGAGGAGAUCAACUACCGCCUGCAGGACUACAUCGACAGGAUCAUCGUGGCCAUCAUGGAGACCAACCCCUCCAUCCUGGAGGUCAAGUAGGGGGCAGGGGCGGCCCGGAGCCGCCCACCCGUGCGGGUUUGGUGUCUGAGAGGAUGAAGAGGGCCUGGAAACGUCUUUGCUCUUGAUGAAGGCACAAGGAAGCAUCUCGGCACUCCAGGGGCUGCAGCAAGGCCCCCCCAGGGGGUCCCUCUGGCGACCAGCAGCCAGGCUCUGCUGCCUGACUCUUGUUUCGAAGCCCUCCUGGCUGCCAGGGCUGGAAGGGAACCUGGAGAGAGAAAGGCAGCAGCCGGCGGCGGGAGGAGGCUGCCCCUG